CCUGAGGAAGUCGGAGCGAGGGGGCUUUCCAGUUACUCGAAUUGACAUCAACAGCGCACAAGGCUUCAACGCUGGUGGAUUUUUGAGCUUCUCUCCGGCCCAAAUUGCGCACUUUUCUCUCUCCAGACUGGACCUCCGACCAUGAGCAGGUCUGGUGUGUCGGCGGCCGCAGCCCGAGUGAGAGUCCCUGAGGGCGGCUGUGUGUGAAGCGCCGCCGUUGGAGACGUUUCUCGGUGUCUGGGAGCGUUCAUGAAGCGGACUGGACAAACCGCCGAGACUCCGGCUGUGCUACGUUGUUCUGAGGAGAAAACCAGUGCUGCGGUAUCGGACGACGUCCAUAACUGAUUCAUGUCAUGUCCUUGCCGCGCCGUGUGGACGGGCGGGAGCAGCAGAUUGCUCUGCAGCAGCAGCCCUUCCUCCCGCUGCUUGGUGGUUUUCAGGACCACUUCGUCAUGCCUCCCGAGCCCAAGUACUGCUGCGAGUACUGCCGCAUGGUGCUGUGUAAUCCUCGGCAGACUGAGUGUGGACACCGCUUCUGCGAGAGCUGCAUUAACCAGCUGCUUAGUAAACCGAAUCCAGUGUGUCCAGCUGAUAUGGAGCCAUUAUCUCAAGAUAAAAUAUUUCGUGAUGUUUGCUGCCAUAGAGAGAUUAUGACCUUGAAAGUCUACUGCCGCAGUGCGAAAAACGGAUGUAAAGAACAAAUGAGUUUACAGCAGGUUACGGACCAUUUGAACAUGUGUGAGUACUUUGAGGUGCCCUGUCCGUUGUGUAAAGAGAAGAUUAUGAGGAAGGACAUGCCUGAACACUUGAGCCGCAAAUGCAAAUACCGUGAGACCACCUGUGAAUUCUGCAAACACAAAAUGGCCUUAACAGAGCUACAGAAACACAAAGAAACAGUUUGUCCUGCAUUUCCAGUAGCAUGCCCUAAUCACUGUUCAUAUUCGUCCAUUUUAAGAAGCGAGCUGUCCAUUCACCAGCAAGACUGUCCAAAGGCCCAAGUCACAUGCUCGUUCUUUCGUUUUGGCUGCACCUACAAGGGUCUGAACCAGGAAAUGAGGGAGCACGAGUCAAGCUUUGCCUCAGAACACUUGCGACUGAUGGUAGCCAGAAGCAACAUGCUUGAGGCCAAGGUGGAGGAUGUGAAGAACGAACUAUUGGAACGCUACAAGGUUCUCCCGAGUCUGAGCAGUCGUCUUACGGAAGUGGAGGAGCAGUAUAAAGAUAUGAGGGAGAAAUACAGGCAGAUGGAGCAGAAACUCUCCAGCAUGCAGAAGCUAAUGAGCGCACACUCGGAGAAGCUGCUGGAGAUAGAGCUGAGGGAACUGCAGCCAUUGAGGCUCAUGCGUGAGGAAGUGGAAGCUCUGAGGGGUGCCGUGGAGAACAUGCGCUCCGUUGUAGCAUCACUCGACUCUGUCCGCACUGGUCCUGGUACCCACACGCUGACCUCGUUAGAGACACAGCUGUCACGGCAUGAUGAGCUGCUCAGUGUGCAUGAUAUCCGUUUGGCCGACAUGGACCUUAAGCUGCAGGUGCUGGAGACGGCCAGCUUUAACGGAACUCUUAUCUGGAAGAUUCGUGACUACAAACGGCGCAAACAAGAGGCGGUGGCUUCUAAAACAUUGUCGCUUUACAGCCAGCCCUUCUACACGGGCUAUUUUGGCUACAAGAUGUGCGCACGUGUUUACCUGAACGGUGAUGGCAUGGGAAAGGGCACACACCUGUCACUCUUCUUCGUGGUUAUGCGUGGUGAGUAUGACGCGCUGCUGCCAUGGCCUUUCCGCCAAAAGGUGACGCUCAUGUUGAUGGACCAGGGUCCUGCACGCAAGCACCUGGGUGAUGCCUUUAAGCCUGAUCCAAACAGCAGCAGCUUCCGGCGGCCCACAGGGGAGAUGAACAUUGCCUCGGGCUGUCCACUCUUUGUCGCUCAGACUGUGCUGGAGAACGGCACCUACAUCAAAGAUGACACCAUCUUCAUCAAAGUCACAGUGGACACUUCAGACCUGCCUGACCCAUGACACCUGGGCAGUUAUCCCAUUGAGGGCCCGGUGCUCAUCAUGGAUGUUACGAGGUCACAGGAUUGGGGGAAAAACAAAGCAGGAACUGAUAAGAAGAAUCAACCAAACACACAACCGUGUGCCGAGAGUCUCGGGGUGAUGCUCUUGAGACGGUGUAGACGCAGGUUUUUGAGGGACAGUUUGCGCUCUCCUUUGGAUCAUGACCAGGGUAGGGGAAGUCUCAGAUAGCCACAGUAUUCAUGAUGGAAUAGAAAAAGCAACGUUUUCACCUCUAAGAAAACAAAAGUAUGUCACUGUCCGUGCUGGUAAAGACUGAAAGAAAGAAAAUGUUAAAUAAUGACGCCAACAUGAAGAGCUGCCUUUCAGCCAGGAAAAACAAAUGAGGAAUCCGUUUGUUCUCUGUAACUGACAUUAUACUUUUUUUUUUUUUUUUUUUUUAAGGAUAACAGAGAAAAAAAAUGGAGAGGAAUAUUUCUAUUGGAGAAAAUUAAUGAGUGGGCCUCAUUUAUCAAUCUUUGUGUGUAAAUGUUUUCAUUAGCUAAAAUGAUUGAGUAUGGUAAAUGAUUUUCUUCCUACUGCAGUGCACAUGUUGAUAAAUAUCAGUCUGCUGUUUUGCAUUUAGUGAUGCCCACAACACUCCAUAAAAGGCAAAGCUCCUAGAGCUGAAAAUAAAACGAUGACUGAAAAAGAGUGAAAGAAUGCCUCCUAAGCAUGAAGUGUUUUAAAACUUCCAGUAAUGCAGCUCUGCCAUUGCGACACUUUGGCUACCAUAGACACGCACUAACUCUUCCUCCUUCGAGAGGGUGCUAUUUCUUUUCUCCUAAUUGAAUGGUUAGUGUUAUUUGUCACUUAACUUUAUGGAUUUGCUUUGGAUUGACUUCAUUCAAUUUUGUGUGUAAUGGAAGUAAAUGAUCAAUUUAAACUUGACGUAUAAUUGGAGAAGUUCACAUUAGUGAGUCCUUACAUGGAAAUUCAGACAACCUCGAGCUUCAUGAAUACCGCAUUUAUUAUGUAAAAGCUCCUCAGAACGAUUUAUGAUUACAUGUGUUCGUAUCCAGAUUGAUAAAUGAGGCCCAAUGUCUGUAUUGUAGGCAGUUGAUCUGGCAGAUAAGCUUUUAUAUUCAGUGAAAGAGAUGCUGUGUAUUCCACUGUAUCCAGUGAUGUUUGGUGGUUUCAUAAAAAACAGCUUUCAUUUUUGCGUGCCGACGCAUUCAUAAUGAGAACAACAAUGUGUAUAGAAUGUGUUGUGUACGCACGGUGGUAGAACUUUAUUUUUUGGUGUACUGGUAAUGGACCUGUGCUGUAAAGCAUGAAGAUGAAAGGAAAUCCAUGAAACACAUUGGGGCAAAAAAAAAAAAAAAGGAUUCAUGUGAAACCAACGAAACUUUUAAAUGAGUUUAAUUUCCCAAAUGUGUUUACUAUUCUGACACAUUAUUUGUAAUGUUAAAUAUUGAUGGAUGCUGUGCAUCAGAAUAUAUUGUUCUUUUUUAACACCGUUUGUAAUACUAGCCUUUAAGUCUACAGCUAUGCUGACAAACAUUUACAAUUAACCAGAUCAUUUUUCACAAAGGAUAU